GAGAGGGAGAGAGAGAGCGGGAACACAACCCAGUGACAAAGAGAUGGUGUGUGAGAGAGAGCCUUAGUCUGUCUGACUCUUGAUGGGUGUGUUGUUGCUUGUGUUUUCCUCUGAGAGCCGAGAUGCUCUUGUGCUUUCUGUCUUUCGGCGCUCCGUUUAGCUUCGAGCUGCAGACUGCUACAGCUGUACACUCGACCCAGCAUUAAGCCAGAGGAACACUCACACUGCACACACACCACUGCCGCGUCACCCUGCCGGCCGGAGAUGUGAGGGAGAGGGAGGAUACAGUCCUUUUGACACAAAGGGGAAGAAACUGCCUUUGAGAAUAUGAGAAGUUCAGACACACCAACAUUGCUGUGAGUUAGGAGGAGACUUGGCCCAACAGGAGAGGAACCACCUCCUAGGCAAACUGGAGAACCUCGAGCAGGUCCUCAAGCAUAUGCGAGAGGCUGCAGAGAGGAGGCAGCAUUUGGAAGAGGAGCAUGAGCAGGCCCUGGCUGUCCUCAGCACCAAACAGCAGGAGAUUCACCUUCUGCAGAGGGCUCAGGCAGAAGCUAGGAAAGAGCAUGAGGGAGCGGUUCACCUGUUAGAGGUCAAGGUUCAAGACCUGGAGCAGAAAUGCAGGUCAAAGACUGAACAGUUUGGCCAGCUGUCCAAGGACCUGGAGGAUUUCCAUCUGGAGGCUGAUACUGUGGACACCCUCAGCACUGAGCCUUUUUAUAAACACCAUAUUCCCAUUUCCCCGGAAAACAAAGUCUCCAAAAUCUUCAACGGACUGGCAGCCCAGGCAGGAAAAGGCAAUGAGAGCUCGGCAAACACUCCCCUGAUAUCCGAGUUCCUCCGCCCACUGCAGAUUGCAGACAGAGAUAGGUCAGAACUGCUGUCUGUUAACCCCGACGCCAGGACAAUGAGCCGCCCCAACAGCCCCCGACGGGUGACCCCGUCAGAGAUGGAAGAAGAGGCCAGGCCCGUGCCCAGGUCCAAGCCUCGCUACACUGGAACCGUCCGUCUCUGCACUGCCCGCUACAGUUAUAACCCUUAUGAUGGACCCAACGAGCACCCAGAGGCUGAGCUCCCCCUGGUGGCGGGGAAGUACCUGUACGUGUAUGGCACCAUGGAUGAUGACGGCUUCUACGAAGGAGAGCUACUGGAUGGGCAGCGGGGGCUGGUCCCCUCCAACUUUGUAGAGUUUGUACAAGACAAGGAGAAACCAUCCAUCCAGCCAGGGGAUGGAGGGGAAGACCCGGGCCCUCUGGACCAUAACACCCUGAGCCUGGUAGGGGUGGAUGGAGGUCUGCCUCAGGACGGGCUUCUGAGCUCCAUGGACCCUCUGGGCCCCUGCAGCAAUGGCACAGGACCCCUGGACCCUGAGGAUCUGGCUGAUGACAGUGUGCCUUACCCACGGAAGAUCACCCUGAUCAAACAGUUGGCCCGUAGCGUCAUUGUGGCCUGGGAGGCCCCAAUCGUUCCCCUGGGCUGGGGAAACAUCAGCUGCUAUGAUGUCCUGGUGGACGGCGAGGUGCGCGCCAGCGUGCCCUAUGGGGGCAGGACCAAAUGUCUGCUGGAGAAGCUGGAUCUGGACACAUACACACACCGCGUGUCCGUGCAGUGUGUGACGGACAGGGGCGUGUCGGACGAGCUCCGCUGCACCCUGAUGGUGGGGGCCAAUGUGGUGGUGGCGCCGUACGGUCUGCGCGUGGACGAGAUCCUGCGCGACUCAGCCGAGCUCUCCUGGUUGCCCAGCAACAGUAACUAUGGGCACACGGUGUUCCUGGACGGGGCAGAACAUGCUACGGUGAGGCCAGGGAGGUACAGGCUGCGCUUCGUCAACCUAAAGGCCAUGACGGUGUACAAGGUGAGGGUGGUGGCCCGGCCGCACCAGGUGCCAUGGCAACUGCUCAUGGAGCAGAGAGAGAAGAAGGAAGCUGCCGUGGAGUUCUGUACCCAGGCUGCUGGGCCAGGACCAUAUUCCAGAUCAGGCCCCCCAAUGCCCCCUCAGGAAGUGCAGGUGCAGUGUGGUCAAGCUCCAGGGGUCCUGCAGGUGCGCUGGAAGCCCCCUGUUCUCUCACCCACUGGAACCUCCAAUGGAGCCAACGUUAUCGGAUAUGCUGUCUGCACUAAAGGACAGAGGAUAGCGGAGGUGCUGUUCCCCCUGGCUGACUAUGUGACAGUGGAGCUGAACCGGAUCCAGUGUCUGGAGGCCAGGGAGGUCAUAGUGAGGACGUUGUCUGCCCAGGGAGAGUCUCAGGACUCCCACGUUGCCCCCAUUCCAAACAACCUUCUGGUGCCUCUUCCUCUGCCUGCACCCCUUCCACACCCACCGCAACCCCACGCUCCCCCGCUACACCUCCAGUCACCUCAGUUCCCCCAUCUACCCGCGCCUCACCCCCAGCCUCCCUCGCCCCUGCCUCAUGGACAACCCCUCCCUAACCAGCCUCUUCACCCUCAACCACACCUCCAACCGCUGGCCACUCAUCCCGUCGGCCAGCCUCACACACAGCCUCGCCCUCUUCACCCUGGUGGUCCUCCGCAGCCCCUGCACCUCCAGCCGCACCCCCCCCACUCCAUCCCCCAGCCCAUGCACCGCCUCCCCCUGCUGCCCCACCCACCCCCCCAGCUCUACCAGAGACCAGUAAGUGCCAGAGACCUGGAAGCCAAAGAGCAGGUGGUCCACCAUGGAGGCAUCCCCGGCCAGCCCUGGGACCCGGCCCGCUCGCCCUCCGCCCAGCCUCUUCCAGCCCCCAUGCACGGGCACACCCUAGAGGCCCCCCCCUCUGCCAAUCGGCGCUCGCCCUCCCCCCAGAGGAUCCUACCCCAGCCAAGGGGGACCCCAAUUCCAGACCAAAUGGCCAAAGCCAUCGCCCGUGAGGCAGCGCACAGGGUGGCUGCAGAGAGUAGCAGAAUGGAGAGAAGAGUGAUCUACAACGAGCAGGGCCAGGCAUUUCACCAACAGAACUCUGAUGAAGAAGAGGAUGAAGAUGGUUAUGACCACAGUCGCAGGAGACAGGGGGCCUCAGUGGACGAUUUCCUCAGGGGAUCCGAGCUGGGCAGGCCGGCCCACUACAGCCACAGUGAAGAGUACCACAGUGAGAGCAGCAGGGGUUCGGACCUUUCUGAUAUCAUGGAGGAGGAUGAGGAGGAGCUCUACUCUGAGAUGCAGCUGGAGGAGGGAAGGCGACGCAACUCCCACAAUGCACUCAAGAUUGGGAACACUCCUUCUGGCGGUCGUCUGAUUCGGGAGACGGGGAGGAGAACGCCCCGUGACGGUUCACAGCCCCAGAGGCGUCCUCUUAUGGUGCCUUCCAUUGAGAUAACCACAGAGAGUAACAGUGAAGGGAACCUCUCCCCCGUCAAGGAGGAUGUUUACUAUGGCAGUGUAGCACGGCACAGGACAUGGUGGUCCCGCCGACGCCCCACAGGCACCAAGCCUCACUAUAAUGAGGGAUACAGGGACCGGGAACGCCGUUCCCCUCCAUACUAUGACGAGUCGGAACCAGAAGAAUCGGUGCGGAUCUUUGUGGCUCUCUUUGACUACGACCCCCUGUCCAUGUCUCCCAACCCAGAUGCAGCAGACGAGGAACUGCCCUUCAAAGAGGGCCAGAUCAUCAGGGUAUAUGGUGAUAAGGACACGGACGGUUUCUACCGAGGGGAGAUCAGAGGAGGCAGGAUGGGUCUCCUGCCAUGCAACAUGGUGUCAGAAAUCAGAGCGGAGGACGACGAAACCAUGGACCAGCUCAUCAAGCAGGGCUUCCUCCCGCUCAACACGCCGGUGGAUAAAAUAGGAAUAGGUCAGGACAGAAGAGGACUCCGCCAGCAGCAGGCCACCAGGAGGAUGGUGGCCCUCUACGACUAUGAUCCCAGAGAGAGCUCACCCAACGUAGAUGUGGAGGCCGAGCUAACUUUCUGUGCUGGUGACAUCAUCGCUGUGUUUGGAGAGAUUGAUGAAGAUGGGUUCUAUUACGGUGAAAUGAAUGGCCACCGUGGCCUUGUCCCCUCCAACUUCCUGGAAGAAGUGCCUGACGAUGUGGAAGUGUACCUGACAGACACUCCGUCUCACUACGCCCAGGAUGAGCCUACCCACCGGCCUGAGACCAAACGGGUUACCCCGGACACCACAGAAAGCACAGCUCCGCCUGUCCGAGCUGCGUCCCCCACGGUCCGUCCCCUGUGUCCGCCAGGCACCAUGCGUCCCAUCAGCCCCACCAGGGGUCCCAUCAGCCCCACCAGGGGUCCCAGGGACUCCUGGAACCUCCGGGAAAACAAAAAGAAGAAGGGAAUCCUCUCCAAAGGGAAGAAACUGCUCAAGAGACUCUCGCCCGUGAAAUAAAGUGUUGCCAUCUGCCCCCAAAGCAGAAGCCAAGGGCCAAGUACUGUAUGUCGAAUCAGCUGGCCCGACCGCACCCAAGCGUGCGGAUGUAUUACAGGACAAUAUAUGUGAGCAUAAUCAAAUAUAUUCAGUGAUACCACAUGUAAGUCAUAAUGAUGAAACGAAUCGAUAUACAGUACAUGUAUUCACACAUGCUGUAUAACUGUGAUGUAAUCAACGGUGGGGGGGGGUAGUCCCAACUAGGAUUUUCAUGACAUUUCAGAAUGUUUUCUUUCAUCAAAUGUAUAUUAAGAGAUUAUUGGUGAUCAUAACAAUGCUUUCAUUUUCAGCAGGGUAACCACUGAGUAGCUUAUUCAAUUGUCAUUGUAUGGUCUCUAACAGAUACUACGUAGCUAAAAACAACAAUGUCGUGAUCGAUGUCAUUGGAAAACGACCAUACUCCUGAAACACUUGAGCAAAAACUCAACUAAUCAUAGCAUUCUGUCCACAAUGCUGGCUGCUAAUACAGAGGCUUUAUUCAGUGCAAUAUAUUACAGACAGGAUAGUGACAAAGGUUGCAAUCACUCUAAGAAUAUAAUGGUCUACAAAGUCUUUGGGCCCAAGGCACUAGCAAGGUAGACAAAGCUACAUGGGGUUUGACGUUUGAACCAUCUCAGUGGCCUUUAUGAAAAGGAUACGAGCAAGAUAGCCCUUAUUUUCUAUGGUUGAACAGGUUUUUAGACUUACACCAGUCUUUGCCAAGGACCCCUGCUGCAUCUCUGCAGUUUUGUUUGAUCAAAAAGAAAAAGAGUUGUUUACUUGUUAUUGCUGUACAACUGUCAUGAAACCCCUAGUUAAAGACAACCUUCUGUGUUUGCCUUCCAAUUGCACAAAUGUGUGUGUUUUGUCUGAUGAAUGGAAAAGCUGCGUGUGUGUGUGUGUGUUUUGAGGGUGUAUUAUGGCUUUAUAAAAUACUUUGGAUUGAUUGAUUAUGUGUUUAUGUUGGGGGCGUAGUGUGCGGACGUGUUGAGGAUAUAGUGUGUGUGACCGUGUGCUCAGUGUGCAUUCAUGUCUGUGCAUCCUCCCCCCCCCCCCAUAUAUAGGACAUGUAGUUAUGAGUGAUGUGAUCUAAGUGGUGUGCUGCUGACUACACUACCGGUGUAAUGUUCAGUCUGUCAGAGGACGACUGGGUUCCCCUUUCAGCCAUUUUAGUGAAGAUGUCAAGAUUCUGCACCAUUUACUUGUUUACACUCUUAUAGACCUCAUGCCAAACUGUCUUUGGAGUCAAGGUGAAGGGAGGGAGGACCUACAUACUGUACCAACCAUAUCUAGCAGUAGUAAUUUGGGUUUAUGGGGUUAAAUGAGUGCUACAUUAAAGGAGUAUCCAGCUGAUUAAUUAAUUAACUGUAGAGGCUUUUAUAGCCAUAAAACAAAAACUAUCCUGUACCUUUUCUGAACCAUUCUUUAUAACCCAUAAUGUUAUUCUGUAAUAGUUAACCUCAGUUGCUGGACAACCAGUUUGAUUGGCGUAAUCAUAAAACUUGUCAAUUACUUAAUAUGACAGCUUUUUUUCUGACAGUGUUUGUACUGACAGAGAAAACUAGCACAACCCCAAAAAGUUGGUACACUGUAAAAUGAAAAUAGAAAUAGAAUGCAAUGAUGUGCAAAUCAUUUAAACCCUAUAUUCAA